AAAAUCGUAGUUUUUCUUUGACGUAAUAUGUGUAUAUUGGUAAAGCAGUUACGUAACAUAUGAAGUGCUUCAUGCUAAGGAAUAAACUGUAAAUUAUAACUGUUACAAUAAAAAGGAAUACAUUAAUUCAAUGUGCAACAUUAAUGAAUUCAAAAUUUGAUUAAAGAUGUUGGAAGUUAAAACAGGAGCCCAAGAGCAAUGGCGAUGGGUGGUUUUAACAGGCGCAUUUUGCUGUCAUGCAAUAACCUACGGGAUUGUUUACUCAUUUGGAAUACUGUUUAUAGCUUUAGAAGAAAGGUUUGAAGGAAGUAAAACUGAAAUAGCAUGGAUACCUUCGCUCACUACCGGGCUUCUGCACUCUUCAGGUUUGUUAGCAAGCAUAUUGGUCAAAAGAUUUGGAUGCAGAAUAGUUACAAUAUCUGGUGCCAUUAUAUGUUGUGUUGGAUACAUAUUAAGCAUUUUUGUACCUAACGUUUACAUCUUAUACCUAACCAUGGGUCUCGUAUCAGGUUGUGGAUUCGGGAUGGUGUUUUUGCCUGCAGUGCUGAUAGUGACACAAUAUUUUACCAGACUUAGAUCAGUUGCAUGUGGUAUAGCUCUGUCAGGGUGUGGUAUAGGUGUUUUCAUUUUCAGCCCCGUUAUGAAACUUUUAUUGGACCUCUACUCACUGGAUGGGACAUUGCUAAUAUUGUCGGCUGUUAUCUUGAAUUAUAUUCCUUGCGGGCUGGUUUUCCGACCCAUAUCAACAAAACUGGAACAAAACUCGGAGCAAAAUGUUCGUAAACGUGGCACCAUUGAUGAAGUUGAUUUCGGGGCAAAUAUUUCUUUACUGAAUAAUGACAGUAGAGAAGUAUCAGCAACAUCAACUGAGGCUACUGAUGUAACAGUUGUACCUAAAACAAGUGACGAAACAGAUAACCUUGCCGAAACCCAUAACUACAAGCGUGGAGACAGUACAGACAAGACAAUUGUUAUUGAACAAACAAAUAAAUGCCAAGUGUUGCAAUCCGAAAAAGCUUCAACUUUUGAAUUAACUAAAUAUUUAAUCAUAAUGAAAAGAAAAGAAGUCUUCAUAUUUAUGAUAUCACAGUUUCUUUUCAUUUUUGGAUUUUAUCUGCCAUUUAUUUUCAUUCCUGAUAUGGCAAAAAGUUUUGGAAUAAGUGAAUCAAGUUCUGCAUGGGUGGCAUCCGUCAUUGGGAUCUCUAGUACAUGUGGAAGAAUUAUUCUAGGUUACAUUGCUGACAGACCGUCUAUUAAUAGGCUGUGUAUGUUCAAAGUAACAUUACUUCUCACUGGGUUAAGUACAUCAUUAUGUCCAGUGUUUGAAAAAAUGUGGCUAUUGCUUACAUACGGUGUUGUGUUCGGUGUGUCGGCAGGUUUUAAUAUUUCAGUUACAUCUGUUGUUAUACUGGAUUUUGUUGGACUAGAAUAUUUGACAGAAGCUUUAGGGCUAGCAUCACUGUUUGGUGGAAUUGGUUCAGUGCUUGGUCCUCCUUUUUCAGGUUUAUUGUUCGACUUAACCGGAAGUUAUACGGCACCUUUCCUAGUAUCGGGAGGUUCUAUGUCAUUGGCAGCUAUACUUAUGUUCAAUGUAUCAUUCUGUAGUAGAACAUAUGAAAAAUACAAUUUUUGUUUAGUUUUUAUUCAUUGUCCUAAGAGACGCUUUGAUUACAUUUGACAGUCAAUGCUUCUUAAGAUAAACGAAUUCAAUAAAACUGUUCGAACAG